AUUCAAUAAUCAUUGUGAGUGUAAAGAACCAAGAAUGGCAAAGUUUUCAAUAUCUGGAGAAGAUUUAGAUGAAAUUGGCGAAUUGGACGGCCGUAACAAGUCAAAAAGUCGUUUCAAAGUGGAACAAGUAACAGAAAUAAGCGCCGAAGAACGUCGAAACUCUUUUUCUGAAAGAAUGCUUAGCCAUGCGGCAAAGAGGGUACAUGUUUUUCAUAUUAAAAUGUUUCUUUAGAUUGCUAUAAUAAUAAGUUUCUGUAGAGCAAAUUUAUGAAAAUGGAGAUUAAUAUAUAUUUUAAGAACAAUGGAUUUAUUACGCCUGAAAAUUCUUGUUUUAUUUACAGAGACUAUUUACUUUUUUAUUAUAUAUUAUGCAGACCCGUAGAUGGUAAGAGAAAUGAUAAAAAUUAUGACAUAAAGCAAAUAUGUAUAAAUAUGAUUAUCAGGUUCAACGGUACCAACAUAAAUGAUUAAUCAAUGUAAUUUUCAUUCAUUCAGAGUCAAGUUAUUUUUUGACAGAAACUUAUUAUUUAUAUUCGAUUUUAUAUUUAUUAAUUUUAUAAUUUAUUGCUAUGCAUAGGUUAUAUUGAGUCAAAAUAGGCCUAGGAGAAUCUCUACUAGCUCCUCUAGUCCUCCUAUGUCACCAAGCUUGAAUAUGGAUUCGUAUGAUACUGGUCAUAUAAGAUCGGCUAAUUUAAAUACUUUAGAGACUUUACCACACGUGGACCAUUAUCGAAAUUUAUUAUCUGCCGGUAAUUUUAACAUGAAGAAACGGCCUACUCUUCUCGAAUUGCACGAAAUGCAAGAGGAUUAUGAGGGGGAUAUUGAAGGCGCUUUAUCAGACGAGAAGCAGAUGCAGAUAAAAGCACUUAAUGGGGAGGCGGUGGCAACUGGCGGAAAGCACGAUCCUAAACCACUAAAAUUUGGUUGGAUUAAAGGGGUUCUAAUAAGAUGCCUUUUGAAUAUAUGGGGUGUAAUGCUGUUCCUUCGUCUCUCUUGGGUUGUCGGUCAAGCAGGUAUCGGCCUAAGCGUGUUAGUUGUCUGCCUCUCCUGCGUCGUAACCAUAUUGACAACAUUAUCUAUGUCAGCAAUAUGUACAAAUGGCCAAGUGAAAGGUGGUGGAGCAUAUUAUUUAAUAUCGAGAUCUUUAGGGCCCGAAUUCGGGGGUGCUAUCGGUUUAAUUUUUUCCGUUGCAAAUGCCGUCGCUGUUGCAAUGUAUAUUGUGGGGUUUGCCGAAACCAUACGUGAUAUGCUAAAAGAUAAUGAUGCCUUGAUGAUAGAUGAAAUAAACGACGUACGGAUUAUAGGCUUAAUUACUGUCUGUUUUCUACUUGCUAUUGCGCUAAUUGGCAUGGAAUGGGAAGCCAGAGCUCAAGUUGUUCUCUUAGCUAUUUUAUUGGUAGCGAUGAUAAACAUAAUCAUUGGAAGUUUUAUACCGCCAAAUGAUGAUAAACAAGCAAAGGGAUUUUUAGGCUAUUCUUCGGGAGUUAUAAAAGAAAAUUUUAAGCCAGAUUUUAGAAACAAUGAAAAUUUUUUCUCCGUAUUUGCCAUUUUCUUCCCUGCUGCUACUGGAAUAUUAGCAGGAGCUAAUAUUUCUGGUGAUUUAAAAGAUGCUCAAAAAGCCAUUCCAAAAGGUACACUAGUGGCAAUUUUGGUAAGCUCUAUAUCGUACAUUGGAAUGGCAGUGUUAGCUGGUGCUAGCGUCGAAAGAGAUGCUAUAGGAAAUCUGAAUAUAACAGAAAAUUCAACAAAUUAUUGCCAGGAAUUUACCUGUAAAUUUGGCUUACAAAACGAUAUGCAAGCUAUGCGACUGAUUUCUGCAUUUGGUCCCCUCGUUACAGCUGGAAUUUUUGCAGCAACUCUAUCUUCAGCUUUAGCUAGUUUAGUAUCAGCUCCAAAAGUUUUCCAAGCUGUUUGCAAAGAUAAAAUUUUCCCAUACAUCAGUAUUUUUGGUAAAGGUUAUGGAAAAAGUGAUGAACCAAGACUUGGUUAUAUACUUACGUUCUUUAUCGCGGCUGGUUUUAUAGGAAUUGGUCAUUUAAACGCAAUUGCUCCUCUCAUUUCCAAUUUCUUCCUCAUGAGCUAUGCUCUUAUAAAUUACUCGUGUUUUGAUGCGUCCUUCGCAAAAAGUCCUGGAUGGAGACCAGCAUUUAAAUACUAUAACAUGUGGCUAGCUCUUUUCGGAGCAAUAUUAUGCCUGGCUGUAAUGUUUAUCAUUAAUUGGUGGACUGCUCUUAUAACAUUUUUUUUAAACAUAUCUCUAUAUGCUUAUGUUCAUUAUAAAAAGCCAGAUAUUAAUUGGGGUAGCUCAACACAGGCUCACGUUUACAAGAAUGCUUUAAAUUCUACUCUAAAGUUAGUUUCUGUUUCUGAGCAUAUAAAGAAUUAUCGACCUCAAGUUAUUGUGUUGGCAGGUCAUCCCCUUUGUCGGCCAGACUUGGUCAAAUUUGCAGCAACAAUUACGAAAGAUAUUAGUUUAUUUAUCUGUGCAGAUAUAAUUCUUAACGAGAAGAAUUUAACAAUAGACCAUACAAGAGGAGAAUUAGCGUAUAAGUGGUUCUCUAAGAAUAAAAUCAAGGCUUUUUAUAAUUCGAUAAAAUCUAACUCCUUCCAAAAUGGAGUUACCGCAGCUUUGCAAACUUCUGGCUUAGGAAAACUUAAACCAAAUACGCUACUCUUAGGGUUCAAAAGAAAUUGGGUGAAAUCGUCUCAAUUUGAUGUACACGAGUACGUCAGUAUAAUACAUAAUGCCUUUGAUCUACGUUACGGAGUCGGUAUCCUUAGAAUUGACGAAGGUUUUUGUUGCCAGUCAAAUGCUAUCCAUUUUGAAGAAGAAAAUUCUGAUGAUGAGAAAAGUCCACAACUAGAAAAGAAAGAAUUAAAGGAACAGUCCCCCGAAAGUAGAAACAAUCCCAAGCCUGAUUUCCCAUAUCAUUUGCAUACUGAUCGGCGUAUGAGCUGUAGGCCUCUUAUAAAAGCUUCAAAAAAACAUGGUACUAUUGAUGUUUGGUGGCUUUUUGAUGAUGGAGGUUUGACAUUAUUAAUUCCGUAUCUACUAUCUGGCCAUUGGAGAAAUAGUAAAUUAAGAGUGUUUGGAGCGUCUUCGAAAAAAGGAGAAUUGGAUAGAGAUCAAAGAAGUAUGGCUACACUAUUGAGCAAAUUCCGUAUCGAUUGUGCAUCAAUUAAAAUGAUAUCAGAUAUUGGAAGAAAACCGUCAAUUGAUGGUAUUGAUAGAUUUGACGAUUUAGUCGCCCCAUGGAUAUUGGGAAAAGAUGAGUCACCCGUUGAAAACCCCUGGAAAGUAUCUGAAAUAGUUUUAUCAGCGCAAAAAGAUCGAACCUACCGCCAUAUUCGUUUGAGGGAAAUUCUCCAAGAGCAUUCUUGUAACGCAAAUUUAAUAGUAAUGACUUUGCCAAUGCCAAGAAAAAGUAUUGUUCCAUCAGGUCUUUACAUGUGUUGGUUAGAGACGAUAACGAAAGGCAUGCCACCUAUUUUGCUAUUAAGAGGAAAUCAAGAAAGUGUACUAACAUUUUAUUCUUAGAUACUAUUGAAAUGUUGAACUUGAUUUAACACUUUUUGAUUGAAAAUCUUCGUUUUUUAUAUAUUUUUAUAUACUAGGCCAUUUUUGUAUUCUCGCUAUAUUUUAUAUAUAUAUAAUGGUACUAAAAGAAAUUUACUUUUAAAAUGUGUUCAUAGGUCGAAUAAAGACGUUAUACUUGAGUUACUUUAUAACUCUUGUUGUCUACAACAAUCAUCUAUUGAUUUUCUGUUUUCAAAGCUUUGUUCAAAUUAUCGAUUUUGUUAAUUU